AUGAAGUGGAAUCUAGUCCGGCUGCAGAAGAUGUUCAGCCGGAAAUGGGAGUUCACAUUUAUGCAGGCUGAAGCACAAAGCAAGGUGGAUAAAAAACGCGAUAAAUUGGAGAGGAAAGUUCUAGACAGUCAAGAGAGAGCAUUUUGGGACGUGCACAGACCAAUGCCUGGAUGUGUUAACACUACAGAAGUGGAUCCAAAAAAGCAGUCCAGAAUAAAUGCUUUGAAGGCGAAGAGGCUGCGGCAAUGUCAGGAGCUGAUACUGCAGCACAACUUGAAGAAUAACCCAAUAGUCACAAUAACCAACGCGCAAGAGAGCGAAGAGGCAAUCCAGAAGAACACAGAAGGCAGCACCAAAGACAAUGCUAUAAAAGAGAACGGCGAGACCUCUCAACAGUUGCCAGAGACCAUCGACAUCAAAGAGAAGACCAUAGAGCAACAGAUAGAGGCGGCAAAGAGGCAGCUGUCCGUGCUGAAGGCGCGCUUGGAACGAAGGAACGUACGAGUCAGUAAAGUUGCCGAAAUGUUUAUAUCAUACUGCGAGCAGUAUGCAGAGUAUGAUGCAUUCCUGACGCCACCGGAGUGGCCGAAUCCUUGGCUUAGUGACACGACUGAGCUGUGGGAUCAAGAGAAACAGUGCAAGGAACCACUUCCAUUGCGUCGCGUGCGUCGUUGGUCGUUCGGUUUGCGCGAAUUACUCCGCGACCCCCCAGGAAGAGAACAUUUUGCCAAAUUCCUUAGCAAGGAAUUCAGCGGAGAAAAUCUCAAAUUCUGGCUAGCCGUGCAGGAAUUGAAGGCGCUACCCAUCCGCCGCGUGGCGACCCGCGCUAAGGAGAUAUGGAAAGAGUUCUUGGCUGCUGACGCUCCCUCGCCCAUCAAUAUAGACGCCGCUAGCAGGGAGUUAACUCGAGUGAAGGUGGAAUCUGGGACGGCCGACAGAUAUUGUUUUGAUCAAGCGCAGGCGCACGUAUACCAUCUGAUGAAGUCUGACAGCUACUCAAGAUACCUACGCUCCGAAAUGUAUAAGGAUUAUUUGAACGGAUCCAAGAAGAAGACUUCAGUUAAAGGGAUUCGAUCCAUCGUAUCUUUCACUGGCAGGAAAGAAACAACUUCUAAUUAAUAAACGGACAGACAUACAUAAUUCUAUAUAACGAGUGACUAAUAUGCGCUAUAGAAUAAUAGAAGAAAGAAAGAGAAAGAAAAGAAAGGCAAGAGAAGAAAAAGAAGAAAAAAGAGACAUUUUAAUUUAAUAGAAGAAAGAAAAGAGAGUAAAGAAUUGACAAGAGUGAGUAUUGUUAUAAGAUCUCUUUUU